AUGAUAACUCAAGAACCCUUUCUACCACUAUCGUUCUCAAAAAAGGAAAAUGGGUUCAACUCUGUCUUGAUCGACCAGUUCCUCAAAGAUGCACUCCAGAUUCUAAAACACGCUGACGAAACUUUUUGUGAUCAACUAUCAAACGACGACAUACCACACGACACUAAUGAAUCUGUAACUUGGCAACUCAACUUGACACCGACUAUGAUGACCUUAAACACCAGUAUUUUGACAAUAUCAGGGCUUGAAAAAGUACUUGAAUUGAUUAGAAUCAAUGUCAACCCACCUCCACCGCGUUUUCAAAGAAGAAAACUCAAUCCAGCCCAUUCAUUCGACAUGGAUCUGUUUAGAGCCAUUAUUUAUCCUGUGCUUCAACUAUCUCAAAUCACGACUAUACCUCGGUCAGAUCCACUACAACUGUACAGUGCAAUGCAAAUGUUGCGGUAUUGUGUGCAAAAUUUUAUUGAAUGUGGGUUUGGAUUCUUUUUAGAUAUACCUAGUGUCUUGGCCAAUACAGAAAUGAUUGUGUCUCAGCCUGAUGCUGUCAAAGAACAUCGUGUAGAAGCAUUGUUGAUUUUGAGUAUUUCAGCAUUGAUGAUACGCCAUGGUACUAUUCACCGUCGAGGGGAUAUGACAGCAGCCAGUGCACUAAUGCAUCACUAUCAUACACAAGCACGUCAAUUAUUAGAGGAAUUAUUUGAUGUGCACCAUGUCUCUGUAGUACAGUCUAUGUUUCUAUUGUCUUUGUUUCCUCAGGGCCAUAUGCAUCUAUUUUCACCGCAACGAAUACCUUCUCCCUUAUUAACCAUGGCUAUUCGUAUGGCAUUGGCCAUGGAUCUUCAUCAACUGGAUACACAACAUGAUAAAGAAUCAGACCAAAAAGAGAAACUAAGACGACUGGCAUGGAUGUUACUCUGUGCAGAUUAUUAUGCAGAACACAAUACAAGCGGCAAAACAGGGCUUAUUGAUGUAACGAAUUGGCAUGUUGAUUUCCCACAAACCUUACCUGGAGAACAGCGCCCGAGACGAAUUGAAUUCUUUAGUCAGUAUUGUCGUAUUAUCAUGAUUCGUAAACUUGACUUGUUCAAAUCAAUCCAUUUGAUCUCAAUCAAAUCACCCAAAGCAUUAGCCGUAGGCUUGGAUCAAAAACUAUUCCAAACCUAUUUAAAUACCCCAGAUACAUUUCAGCUGACAUGGCAUGAACCUAAUCCAUCGUGGAGUAGUAAAUCCGAUAUUGAGUCAUUAUUACUGCAUGAACUCUAUUGUCAUACACAUAUUGUGUCUCUACUACCCUUUUUACCCAAAAGGUAUUUCGAGUCCUUUAUGGCAGAGCAAGAAGGAUUUCGAUAUGCUAAUCUGGAAGAUAUCUAUCAACGUAUUAUUCGAUUGAAUGACAGUACACCUUCACCUUCACCUUCACCUUUUAUACGUUCUCAUCCUACCCAAAUUACCUUUAUUACCGAAUACAACCCUUCAUUGGAAUUCUAUUGCAUUGUGCAUUGUUUAGAGACACUCAACAAAUAUACCCUUAUUUUGGAAGCAUUGACUGCACAAGAUGCGAUUGGAUGUCAUCAUAGCCCUGUCUACGGUGUCACACUUACACUGCAUCUCUAUCUCUUGAUUGAACAAAGCACAUCUAAUCCAGAUAUUCGGACAGUCUGUCGAAUCAAUUUGAUCCGAACGCGGCGGAUUUUACGCCAUGCUCGGUCCGUGUAUGCAGAUCCAGCUAUUUUGUUUCUGGAGCGUGUGUUGAUACAACAUCAAAUUCAAACGAAUGAAGAAGCCUCGGCUUCACUUAGAAAAAAAUCGUUUGAUCUUGUACACUCUUUAAAAGCCCAAUCUUCUGUAUUAUAUCAAGACAAUGAAGAAGAGUCUGAAGAUGAAGAAGAUGAUGAAUAUUUUGUUAAACGUCUUAAACAAGAAUAA